AUGAGUUUGGAGAAAUAUUUUUUUAGAGUACCCAAAACAAGUUUGGCGCCUCAAAAUCAAAAUCAACUACGCCGAGAUGAAAAUGUCAACCAAAUAGAAAUAUCAUCUCACUCUUCCCAAAGACAAGAAUUUGAUGUAAAUGAUUUAAAGGCUGAUCCGGCUGAAAGAACUCCAAUUUUGAAUUAUCAUCCAAACCUUCGUGAUGAGAUAAGGAGGGCAUAUAUCAUUAAAGGUCCUUGUCAACCUCAAAAUCAUCAGUUUCCUCAAACUAAUUCUUUUGGAACACCACGUCGUUUUGUUUAUACAUGGUUUGAUGAAUAUCGUGAUUGGUUGGAAUACAGUAUUAGUGCGGAUGCUGCUUAUUGUUUACCUUGUUAUUUGUUUCAAGGAGAAAACAUUAAUCAAGGUGGUGGUAAUGUAUUUUCGACUAAGGGAUUUACAAAUUGGCAUAGAAAAGAUAGCUUUGCUACACAUAUUGGUCUACCAAAUAGCGUUCAUAAUCAAUCCAAAAGAAAGUGUGAAGAUCUCAUGCGAGAACAACAAUCCAUUCAAGCCGCAUUUUACAAGUUGGAUGAUAAAAGUAAGCAUGAAUAUCGAAUUCGGUUAAACACUUCAAUCGAUGUGGUAAGACUUCUCUUGGAUCAAGGUUUUGCAUUCCGUGGUCAUGACGAGAGUGAAUCGUCAUUGAACAAGGGUAAUUUUCUUGAAGUUCUUUCUUGGUUAGCUGCUAGAUGUGAUGCAAUUAAACCUUUUGUGUUAGAAAAAGCUCCAAAAAAUAAUAAAAUGACUUCUCAUGACAUCCAAAAAGAUAUUGUGACUGCGUGUAAGAUUGAAACAGUUAAGGCAAUAAUAGAGGAUAUAAAUAGUGACUACUUUGCUUUAUUGGUUGAUGAAUCUAGAGAUGUGUCACGCAAAGAGCAAAUGGCUAUUUGUCUUAGAUAUGUUGACAAAAUGGGGUUUGUGAUGGAGGCAUUUAUUGGACUUGUUCACAUUAAAGAUACUAGUGCUUUAUCUCUAAAGAAAGCAAUUGUAGAUGUACUUGCUCACCAUUCUUUGACUUUAUCUAAUGUACGUGGGCAAUGUUACGAUGGGGCAAGUAAUAUGCAAGGUGAGCUAGGUGGUCUUAAAACGUUGAUUAGACAAGAAAGUAGAUCGGCUCAUUCUGUUCAUUGUUUUGCUCAUCAACUUCAAUUGACUCUUGUUGCGGUUUCUAAAAAGUGUGUUCAAGUAGGUGAACUUGUAUUAUUAAUUUCAAAUAUUUUGAAUGUGUUGGGAGCUUCUUUUAAACGCGUGGAUAAUUUUCGAGAAUCUCAAAAAAAGCAUCUCCAAAUGGCAUUGGAUAUGGGUGAACUAGAAACGGGUAGAGGGUUGAAUCAAGAACUUGGUCUUGUUAAAGCCGGUGAUACUCGUUGGGGAUCUCACUACAAGUCAUUUGGAAACUUUAUUAGUAGCUUUGACUCUAUUGUUGAUGUACUUGAUACUCUUGUUGAAAAUGCAAGUACUUUGGAAGAAAGAGCAAGCGCAUCGGGAUUUCUCAGAAGUUGUCAAAUGUUUGGAUAUUUUCUUGUUGCAUUUGAUGACAGAUGUUUUAGGAAUCACAAAUGA